GCUCCACUCAGCAGUCCCAGGCGGCCGGCUACUCAGUUAGUCAAUUGCACCGCGGUUCAUUCGGAACAAGUCGCUAUGACACGCUAGCUAGCAUGCAAGGACAAUUCACGUAAAUGGCUCUUGUCAAAAGGAAAAUAUAUCAGCGUUUGCUGUUCUUUGCCGCCGCUUUUCUUCCAAUCUCAGGUAUUUUUUGCUUCAGUGAGUUAUUUUUCACUAAGGAGCCCCAUGAUGUGACGGUCAUGCGCAAAGAAGCUAUCAUUCUGGACUGUCAGGCACACGGAGAGACGCCCAUUGACGUCCAAUGGCUGAGAAAUGGAGUAAAAGUGGUGGAGAAUGAGCGGGUCUACCUGCUCUCUAACAGCUCGCUUUACAUUUCCGAAGUGGAGAGCAGACGAGGAGACAAAUCAGAUGAAGGCUUGUAUCAGUGCCUUGCCCAGAACAAGUACGGAGCCAUCCUCAGCCAGAGGGCCCGGCUGACAAUCGCAAGUAUUUCAUCGUUUACAGUCCAACCAACUUCCAUUGUGGUAACCGAAGGAUCAGUCGCCAGAUUUUCCUGCAGAAUCAGCGCGCACCCUCCUCCCAUCAUCACUUGGGAAUUCAAUCGGGUUACAUUACCCCUCGCCACUGAAAGAAUCACAGUCCUGCCAAGUGGCGCUCUUCAGAUUCACGGGGUGCAGCGCACAGACAGCGGCAAUUACCGCUGCGUCGCCACCAACAUCGUGAACCGGCGACGGAGCAUGGAGGCCAUGCUCACCGUUAUUUCUGCUCCUAGCCCCCGGCAGCCCCAGAGGCCACGCAUCAUAGCUGGGCCGCAGAACAUCUCAGUGUCGACGCAUCAGAGUGCCACUUUGGAGUGCAUUGCCACAGGCAACCCCCGACCCAUCAUCUCAUGGAGUCGCGCAGACAGCAAAUCUAUUGACGUCUAUCACACCAAAGUGCUGGGAAAUGGUAACCUCAUCAUUACGGACAUCAAGCCCCAGCACAGGGGAAUCUACGUGUGCCGAGCCACCACCCCCGGGACACGAAACUUCACCGUCGCAGCAGCCAACGUUACCGUACUUGCACCGCCUUCUUUGGUUGAGUGGCCAGAGAGCCUGACGCGUCCGCGUGCCGGCACGGCUCGCUUUGUGUGUCAAGCUGAGGGGUUUCCAAUGCCUCAGAUCACCUGGCUCAAGAAUGGAGAGAGAGUGCACUCCAACGGUCGAAUUAAGAUGUACAGCAGCAAACUGGUCAUUAAUCAGAUCAUUCCUGAGGACGAUGCCAUCUAUCAGUGCCAGGCUGAAAACGAGCAGGGCUCUGUGCUCGCCAUGGCGAGGCUCAUCGUGGUCAUGUCAGAGGACCGCCCUAGCGCGCCGAGAAAUAUCAGAGCGGACACCGUGUCGAGUUCCGCCAUCUUGCUGGCUUGGGACAAGCCGCUCUAUAACUCCGAUAAAGUUAUCGCUUAUUCUGUGCACUACAUGAAGGCUGAAGGGUUAAACAAUGAGGAGUACCAAGUUGUUAUUGGAAAUGAUACGACUCGCUAUAUUAUUGAUGACCUGGAGCCAGCUCGCAAUUACACCUUCUAUGUGGUAGCCUACAUGCCCAUGGGAGCCAGUCGCAUGUCUGACCACAUGUUUCAGCACACACUCGAGGAUGUUCCUCUCCGCGCCCCCGAGCUCAGCCUCACGAGCCGCAGCCCUACCGACAUCCAGGUGUCGUGGCGACCCCUCCCUGACAAGCUGAGUCGCGGCCGAGUCUCUGCCUACCGUUUGUCAUACCGAACCAGCGCUGAGAGCUCAGCCUCUCAGAUUGAGCUGCUUGGCGAAAAGACACAGUACCUCCUUGAAAAAUUGCAGCCUGACACCAUCUAUCUCCUGCGAAUUGCUGCGGCCACCAGUGUUGGGUGGGGUGAGCAGUCAGCCUGGACCUCCCAUCGUACCCCAAAGGCAUCCAGUGCUCAAGUUCCUCUUUCUCCUGAGCUGCAUUUGGAGCCCUUGAACUGCACCACAAUUUUGGUGCGCUGGCGGCCGGCGCAGAGAAAUUCGGCCGGCAUACAAGGCUACAAGCUCUUUUACCACGAGGAGAGCCAGUCUGAGAGCGCCCCACUUGAGCUGCGUGCCUCGGAUCACUCACACACCAUUGGAGGCCUCGACCCACGGAGGAAGUACCACGUGAAGCUUCUGGCUUACAACUUCAUUGGCGAUGGCUACCAGGCAGACCAGACUAUCAGCACCCCCGGAUGUGUCUCUGUCCGAGAUCGCCUGGUGCCGCCACCGCCACCACCUCAUAACGUGUACGCAAAGACCAACAGUUCGUCAACCAUUUUUCUUCACUGGGGCCGACCGGCCUUCACCUCCAGCCACGCGGUCAACUACACCGUCCGAUGCAAUCCCAUCGGCUUGCAGAAUGCCUCCCUGGUGCUCUACCUACAAACGAAUGAGCAAAGUCUUUUCGUGCGAGAUCUGCAGCCUAACACCAAGUAUGAAUUUGCUAUCCGGCUUCAUAUUGACCAGCUGUCCAGCCCAUGGAGCCCCGUGGUCUACCAAAGCACUUUCCCUGAGGCUCCCACGCUGCCUCCCACCAGCAUCAAAGUGACUCUGAUCGAGGAGGACACCGCCCUGGUUUCAUGGAAACCCCCAGAGGAGGCCAAUCUUUCUGUUACACACUACACAAUCCUGUAUGCCUCCAGAAAUGAGUGGCUCACCGGGGAAUGGCAGGUGGUGCAAAGAGAAGGGAGUAUCACCAUGGCGCUGCUGGAGAACUUGAAGCCUGGCCACUUCUACCUGGUUAAAGUGUCGGCGUCCAACAACAUGGGCGAUGGGCCCUUCUCUCACAUGGUGGAGCUGACGGUGCGAGCAGAUCCCUCCUCUGGUCACGACCCUCGGCUCUCGCAGGGCUCCACACGGUCCAAUGUCUUUUCCGAUGGCUUCUACCACCUAGACCAAACGUCAAUGACAGGCAUCACUGUGGGGGUCUCCAUUGCGCUCAUGUGCAUCAUCAUCUGUGCUUUUAUCAUAGUAUGCAGAGGCAAACACAGGAAACAAUCAGCCAUCGAAAUGCACAGAGAAGGAAGGAAUUCGCCCGCCUCCACUGCAGGCUCACAGGGCCUGCCUGAGAACCCUGAUGUGAGCGUUGCCGUGAUGAGCCAGAAUUAUUUCAUCGAUGCCAAGGGUGGAACAAACCUCAUCAUAAAUUCCCUUGGUCCAGUUCAGUCGAGCGCUGAGAAGAAAAGCAAAUGGCUUUCCUUCAGUGGCCUUGGCAACAAAAGCGGUAAAGAGGUGCAGAAGACGAGAUGCGGGACUGCUUCCUACCAGCCGGGCACCACUGUACUGACCUACAAAGAGGAAUUGUCGGUCCCCGCCGAGCAGCCCGGCUCCCCGCAGAGUCUGCUUGGGCAUCCCGUGGAUUCGGAAGGAUCUUCCAACAGCGAGGGCAGCCACGCCACCACAGACUCCGGUCGCUUCUCGCAAGACGAUACGGAGAUGAGCCACUUGUCGUCUGGUCCGAGCAGCCGCCAGUCGUCCGUGACGACGGCGGAGGACAGCGGUGGCACCGAGGAAGAGGAACAAGCGUGUCGUCUAGCCCGGGACAGUCAGACGGAUUUGAGGUUGGUGGAGUCGGUUGAUGAUCUCCGCUGUCAUCAGGAAGCUCAAAGCGCUCGGCCUCUGCUCUCAGUGUGUGAGGUUGUGUGAGUAUCUUAUGUGUGUCUGGAUAAGGAAAGCUAAUGAGCAUUUAUUCCAUAUCCUUGAUAUUUAGCUUCAGGUUCAUCAACUACACUAGUACUACUUGACAAUUCAAUGCACUAGUAGAAUCUGUGUCUGACUAGGUUGCUAGGAACAUUUUAACACUAGUACUGCCUACUAGCAUGUAGUAUGGCCUUGCGGUCUAUGUACUAAUAACCACUUUGCCAUCACUAGGAAGAUAAUUCAGCGCACUAGUGUAGCAUUUCAAUUUUGGAAUACCGGUCCUCGUAGGAGAAUUAGCAAGUUACUAGUGAGGCAACAUUUGGCAGUACUUGACAUCUGUGUGUUACUUGUAAUAUCAGUGAAGUUCGAGUUGAUAACGAGUCGAUUUUAAUGCCACAAAUCGUACUAAUAGUGUGCAGGUGUCAACUCGUGCAGUUUUGCCUCGCAUGUAGUUGGCUUAGUCCGAAAUACUACUAAAGUGCAGUGCACCACGCAAAAAUAUCAUAUACCGUUGUCGUGGAAAAAAAAUCAUGAUUUGUAUGACACUAACUACUAGUGCACUGAUUUGUCUUGCCAGUGAAGACAAAGCAUGGAUCCAAAGCGGGAAAUAAUCGAUAUUGAGUAUGCUCAAAGCGCUUUGCCUGUGUGUGCGCCUGUAUGAGACUUUUUUUUUUUUUUUUCAAACCUUCAUCCUCAAGCUUGCUCAAAUUUCAGCAUUUUAUCUCAGCAGGCAUUUCGGGGGGUUUUUUGGUUGUUGUUUUUUAUAUUCUUUGUUUUGUGGAUCAUAUUUUAAAAAACGAAAUCUCACCCACCAUGAAUGUUAAAGAGAAAAAAAACUUUAUUUAAGAGAGUUUAUCACUGGAGCGAAAGGGAAGUCCUUUUCGCUGAUUAUCUACCUCGGUUCACUUAGGAGCCAAACCUCCGCUGUGUAUUUAAUAACUACUGUCUUGUGCGACUUUCCAUAACCUGUGAUACUUCAUGAUGAUUUUUUUUUCUGAUCGUCCUCCCAUUUCGUCUUGAUUUUCCUUUUACCUUUCUUAUUCACUGGAAUGUAAGUAAGGGCGGCGCGGCUUCCAUUCCUUUCUGACGCCGGAUGCAAAACACACAUUUGUCACUUCGGGUGUUGCCGAGGUCCUGAGCCAGUAUUAAGACGUGUUUUCCAAUCCAUUCUUGAGUCGCGGCGUGGAAGCAAGUAAUGUAUAUUAUUGUUUGUUUGUGUUUAUGUUUGUGGACAGCUUCCCUCGCUGUUCCUGUUUUUAUACUACCUCCCAUUAAUUUGAUUCUUUGACGGCUUUCUUAAACUCAGGGAACAAAGUUUUGGUACAUUGAAAAAAAAAUCAUGUAAUGUUACAUGGUGAACUGACAGGGUAUCUUCUCAGUACUAAGUAAGCUGUGCGUCGAAAUGCCGAAUAGAUUUGAUAUGAAUGUAUCUCUGUGCCAGUAGCUGAGACUUCCCACACAAGACCCGAAUCCUUAUGUGAUUCUUUUUUUUUUGUAUUGUUUGUCUUCUACGUCUACCUUCUGCUCGUGUCCGUGGGCACACAGCAAGCGUAUGGCCAGCCAUUUUGAGCAUUUCCUCCAUCUGCUUGAUAGCCACUUGAAGGUCCAAGUAACACAUUCUCAUCCCUGAUGAGGACGGCAAUUCAGCACUCUUGCAGCAUGUCAAAUAAAUGCUCAAAUGUAAUAAUUUCAAAUCCAGCUGAAGAUGUGUGCGCUUUUUGUCGUCACUAGUUAGGACUGCUUUGUCAUACGAGUAGAGCAAUUGCGUAUUUCUACACGGUGGAAAACAAAACAAAAAACCAUGCAUAUUUUGGCAUAAAAUGAAGACAUA